AUGACAAACAGCUCCUUCUCCUGCACAGUUUAUAGAAAUCUGGAACCAUUUACAUAUUUUUAUUAUUUGGUUUUCCUUGUUGGAAUUAUUGGAAGUUGUUUUGCAGCCUGGGCAUUCAAACAGAGAAACACGGAUCACAGGUGCAUAAGCAUAUACUUACUUAAUUUGCUUACAGUUGAUUUCCUGCUCACUCUGGCACUGCCAGUGAAAAUUUUUGUUGACUUAGGAGUGGCACCCUGGAAGAUGAAGAUAUUUCACUGCCAAGUAACAGCCUGCCUCAUCUACAUUAAUAUGUACUUAUCAAUUAUAUUCUUAGCAUUUGUCAGCAUUGAUCGCUAUCUGCAAUUAAUCCGCAGCUGCAAGAUUUAUCGAAUACAAGAACCUGGAUUUGCCAAAAUGAUAUCAACAGUCGUGUGGCUAAUGGUUCUGCUUAUAAUGGCGCCAAACAUUUUUAUUCCUAUAAAAAACAUCCCAGAAAAGCCAACUGUGGCCUGUAUGGAUUUCAAAACAAAGUUUGGGGAAAACUGGCAUUUGCUGACAAAUUUCUUAUGUGUAGCAAUAUUUUUUAAUUUCUCAGCCAUUAUUUUAAUAUCUAACUGCCUAGUAAUUCGACAACUCUACAGAAACAAAGAUAAUGAAAGCUGCUAUGCAAAUGUGAAAAGGGCUCUCAUCAACAUACUUUUAGUGACUGCUGGCUACAUUGUGUGUUUUGUUCCUUACCACACUGUCCGAAUCCCAUACACCCUCAGUCAGACGCAAGUCAUAUCCAACUGCUCAGCCAGAAAUUCACUCUUCAAAGCCAAGGAAGCCACACUGCUCCUGGCAGUGUCACACCUGUGUUUUGAUCCCAUCGUGUACUACCACCUCUCAAAAGCAUUCCGCUUAAAGGUCACUGAGACAUUUACCUCACAGAAGAAGAGCAGUACUCAAAAAGAAAAGUCAAAAUGUGAAAAUGAUGCUUAA